AUGAAAAAUUAUUAUCACGAUGUCAAAUUGAUAAUACAGGCAGCGUGGAAGGUUGCGCAGCUUUCAGGCAAAAUUGAUGUUUUUACAGGGAGCAUAAAAAUUACACUGUUUGUUGUUUGUUUGUUUUCUAUUUUUCGUCCGCAUGGACGCCAGUGCUUACUGCUCUGGUGGCUUCGCCCUUGCUACUUCCUAACUAGGUUUACAGGGCAAUUCUCUAAUGACAUGAUUGCGUUUAGCAUAGCACCUGCACUUUUUCAGCCAGUCCCCGAGGCUCUUUACUCAUUUGAUGUAUAA